CUGCCCACUUGCAGCUAGGUUCGCGUACUUAAAUAGGUUAUUUGACGUGUGUCAAGUUUCUUAUCAGAAAUCUUGUUACUUAAGUCGAGCGAGCGAGAACCGUUUCGACAUCUUGGCGAAUAAUUUAUUUACGAGUGAAUUAAAGGUUGAGCAACAAAGUGGCGGAAAAUGUGGUGGUAGUGAUGCGCCUAAAAGGGAAAAAUAACACAAAGUCGUUUAAUAGCGUCUAUAGGGUGCUGUCUCGUUUAUGUCGAUCCGUGGAUAAACGACAACUUGAUGGUUUCAUGGCGGAUGGCGUGGCACCGACCUUGAAGAAUGGCCAUAAUUCUGAUAGUUUUACUAGCCCACCAGUAAAACAAUCGUCAGAGGUGUCCAGUGUAGUUUAUGCAGUGAGUCAUUACCCACCGAAGCUUCUACGUAACCUCAAUGCGCAGAGGCUGAAGAAAAAGUUCAGCGAUGUAGGAUUGGUAGCCGAUGGCAGAGUCAUCCGGGCACACAGAGCGGUCUUGGCUGCUGGUAGUGCUUAUUUCAACGCCAUGUUCACCGUUGGUUUGGUUGAGGAGCAGCAAGAGCUGGUGGAGAUCCAUUCGAUCUCUCCUCACAUUCUUUCCCAGCUGGUGGAUUUUAUCUAUAGCGGCAAUGUGGACAUCAAUCAAGACAACGUACAGGAACUAUUUGCUGCCGCCGAUAUGCUAGAAUUAGACGACGUAGUAGCCGGUUGCAUCGAUUAUCUCAGGCAACAGCUACAUUAUUCUAACGCCCUUGGAAUUUACAGAUUUGCAGAAGCGCAUAAUAGACUGGAUCUUCUGGAGACUGCCCUACGCUUUAUAGAAGUCAAUUUUCCUCAAGUGUGUCAGGAGGAGGAAUUUUUGGAUCUGCCCAAGGAGCACCUUGUUCAAUUUCUCAGUAGUGAUUACAUUCACAUCGAUACUGAAUGCCAGGUCUUCCAGGCCGCGUACAACUGGAUCGUCCACGACAUCCCUGCGCGGAGAUGCUACGUAUUCGAGAUCCUUGGCCACAUACGCUUGCGAUUGUGUUCAUUAGCGAGGCUAGAACGUAUUAUCUUGGAGUGCAAGGACGCGAGUCUUAUCGUCGCGCUACGGUCCAUACAGAAGGACCUAGUCUCGAAUAAGGGUUGCCUGGUGCCUCUUCACGCCCAGCCGCGGGUCUGCGCUAGGAAGAACAUCCUCGUGAUCGGCGGUUCGAAGCGAGAACAUUCGGCGGACAGCUGGGGCAGAACCGCCGAGAGUACUUACGAAACCAUUGAGAAAUACGACAUAUUUACCGGAGAAUGGAGCGAGGUAGCACCGAUCAGCAUAGGACGUAUUCUGCCUGGAGUCGCCUUGCUAGACGGCAAGGUGUACGUUGUCGGCGGUGAACUGGAAUCUUGUAUAAUUGCCAAUUGCGAAUGUUACGAUCCCCGUGACAACGUAUGGACUCCGAUCGCUUGCAUGGAAGAACCCAGAUGUGAUUUUGGUCUUUGUGCCUUGGACAACUGCUUGUACGCGUUCGGUGGGUGGGUAGGCGAGGAUAUCGGUGGAUCCAUCGAGAUAUACGAUCCGAUCACUAAUACGUGGACUCUCGACGGUUAUCUGCCUGAGCCUCGAUUUAGCAUGGGCGUUGUCGCGUAUGAAGGCUUGAUUUACAUCGUGGGCGGUUGCACUCAUAACAGUCGCCAUCGUCAGGACGUGAUGAGCUAUAAUCCCGUGACCAGAGAAUGGAAUUGCUUGGCUCCAAUGCUCACACCCCGCUCGCAAAUGGGAAUUACAAUUCUUGACGGGUACAUGUACGUUGUUGGAGGCACCAGUAAAAAUCAGGAAGUCUUAACGUCUGUCGAAAGAUAUUCCUUCGAGAAGAACAAAUGGAGCGCCGUCGCACCGAUGAGCAUGGGUAGAUCUUAUCCGGCGGUCGCGGCGGCCGACAGCCGGCUCUACGUCAUCGGUGGUGAUCAGUCGCAGGAGAUCAACUUCUAUCGCACGCAAAUCACGAUCUCUACCGUUGAAUGUUACGAUCCUCACACGAACAAGUGGCACGAAUGCGCCUCUUUGCCAUCGAGCAGAGGAGAAGCUACGGCGAUCGUCGCACCUUUCUGAUUAAUAUUUUGCAGAAAUCUGUUUUAUCUGGUACACCGGCUCGUUUCUUCUUAUUUUUCCGACUUGCUGAAAUUUCCUGCUUUCGAUAUUUGCUCCGCAUUACUCGUUUUCACCAUAAAAGUGUUGUAUCUGUCAGAUAAAUAGUCGGUUUUAUUGCUAAAGGCAACGAUAAUUUUAUCAAUUUUUGAAUAAUUAAAAUUUCCUUUAAUCGCAAGUUUUUUAAUAUUUAUACAGAGAUACUACGGAUCUCUCUUAAGAUUAUAUUGUAAAAUUUGUAUUCUAAAAGAAAUUUAUUGUUCGUAUAAAUUUCUUAUAAAUACGUUAUUAUUAAUUAGCAUUAAGCAAUUUGAAGUUCAAGUAAAUUUAACAAAGUUUUAAUUUAUCUAACAUUUGUAAAAUUAAAAUUCUAAGAGAGAUGGGAAAAAAUCCAUUUUUAUAAUUUAAAAAAUUAUGACGUGAAGGUAUUUAAAAAGUUGAAUGUAACCUUUAUUUAUUUAUAAAUAUUUUAUUUAUAAAUAUUCAGAAUGCAAAUCUGUGGCAGCAAGAUUCAGGAAAACGAAAAUGUAUGUUGGAAAAAUGGUAAAUACUUGGGACAUUUAGUGUCUGAGAGGCUAAAAUAUAUUUCAGUUCUAAAAAAACUUUUAGAUUUAAAUGUGAGAUUUAAGGAAUUUAUAAUCACCGAGAAAUAAAGGAAUCGAAUUUUUCAAGAUAUAAUUCACUCGCGAAAUUUACAAUUCCAUAAAAAUAUCAAAGUGUUAUAGAAAAUAUUUAAGAAAAUACACAUUAAUCAUUUAUUAUUAUUAUUUUAUUACAUACACAUAUGCAUAAAUGAAUAGGCAAAAUCCGCAAAAUAAUUGGAAAUUGUAGAUUAUAGGUAAUGUUUUUCUUUUAUUAUCUCCUAUCAUCAAAUUAACAUGCAAAUGGAUUUGAAAACAACAGAUAUGUUCUUAAUGAUGUAACAUCACAUACACACGUACACACAGCAUACGGAAAUACUUUCAUAAUUAAUGAAAAGUAUUAACCACAUGUGCGCUAGAAGAAGAAGAACUGAACCUCUUUAUAUAUUAUGAUGUAAUCACAUACCAAAGUUAUUGUAAUUUUUAAUCGUAUCGCUACAAAUUAAACAUUCGUUAAACAUAACACAUACAAGGAGACAUAAAACGAAUCCAAAGAUUAUAUUCUUGGAGAUUGUAAAGGGUUUAAAAACAUAAGGAUGUUUAAAAGAAGUUUAAAAAUUACAGAAUUGAACUCUGCGAUCACAAAGUUCGAAGACAUAAAUAUUUAGGAGUCUCAAAAAUCACUAACAAAUAAAAGAAAUUUAAUAACUGUAACGUAAAGAUUAUAAAUUUGUUUAUUUUGGAAUUUCAAAAACCGAAUACAAUUAAUUGGCAUCUGAAAAUUGCAAAUAUUAACUUAAAUUGAAACGUUAAAAGGCUGCAAGAAUAUUCCUUCAAAUUCUUGACGUGCUCUCAUUCGAAAGUCCUUGAACUUUUAACCCUUAACAUUUCGGAACUUUAUAUCCAACGAUCUAAGGAUUUUAAAGUACCUUAUUGUAAUAAAGUAACGAUAUUUCUUAAUUAAUCGCGCGCAGAGGCGCGCGCAGUGUUUUGUAAAGUUUAAGAUCACGUUUUAUAAAAUCGUUCUAAGAAUCGAAAAGUCGCCGACGGUCUCUGUAAUUUGCCGUUGAAACAACAAUCUAAUUCGCCAUUGCCAUGAAAUGUGGUGUUUCGUGCUACGCGGACGAUAUUUAAUUCUUAAAUUUUUCGGCAUAGGGUAAAUAUGGAUGAGAUGACUUAUUGGACAAUUGAUCCUCUACUAAUUGCCUAAGCGUUAAAUAAUUUACUAUCACAUCUCUCAAUUUUCUUUCUUUAUUAUAAAGCUACGACACUGACUUGUGAGUUAUAUAUUAUAAUGUACAGCGAACAAGAAAAAGAAAGAUAAUUCCACACAAUUGUUCUGCAUGCCUCUUUGUGUAAUCUUAAUUGUUAAAAGAUAAUUGAAUAAAUCUUCCAUAUAGCGGCUGUGCUGUAACAUAAGAUUUGAGUUGCGGUGAAUCUAUAAAUUGCUAAAUCUACUGGCUGAUAUGUAUUACACAAAUAAAUAAAACGUUCUCAUUUAUAAUAUAUAAAUUUAUAAAUCUUGAAAAUAUAUGAGCUAUAUAAGUAUACACUAUCACGUAAGCACUAUAAGAGAAAACAGAAGAAACAAUUACAGAAAUAUACUACAAAAUUCUGUAAGCUUGAAAUCUAACGAAAUGUUUUUUAUCGAAUAGCUGUAGUGUGCAAAUAAUAAAAUACAACAAAGCAUUUUAUGUUAUUUCGGUAAGAUAGACUCUAAAAUGGAAAAACAAUAUGAAUUCGGUUUAGAAUUUAAUUUCCAAUUUUAUUUACAUACAUAUGACAGGAAAAAUUUAUAAUAAUACUUGAUAAAUCCAGUAAAUGUAGCAAUCUAUGGAUUAAUCAACAGCAUACAUUUGACAGGCAGAAAUAAAUAGAUUUAUAAAUACGAUAAUACAUAAUGCGUAACAUAUGUUUAAAACGAAAUGUAUGAAAUUAAUUUUUUAACUAAUGUUUUAUAUAUUUCGAGAUUAAUCUUGAGAAAUGUUCAAACAAUUGAAACAAUGGACAUCUCUAACAUGUUUAUCCUUCCUAAGUAAGCCAUUACAAUAAAAUUAGAAGAUAAAAAGAUGAUAAAUAUACAACACAGUUUAUGUAUAUUUGUGAUCAAUCAAUAAAAACUACUAAAUAUAU